UAAUAAACAUUUUACAUAACAUUUAUUAAAAAAAAAAAAAAUUAAUUUUACAAUUUAAAAUUUAAAAUAAAACAAAAAGGAAACAAUUAAAACAAUAUUAAUUAUAUCUAAAAGCAUAAAUAUGGAGAAAGUUAUUUAAGGUUUACCUUAAAAAUUUUCUCAUAGCCUAUCAUUUUAUAAUUUUGCGUAUUCUUAAAUGAAUAAUUCAUCCGGAAAUACGAUAUAUACUGAGGUAGCAGCUUUUAACGUAGACGAUAGAUUAAGAAGAAUGGAACCUGUAAAGAAAUCAAGACAAUAUUUAGUUGGUGUUAUAGCUAACUUAUCUAGUGUGGCUGUAGGAACAUGUUUAGGUUGGACAUCGCCAGUUGGACCAAAAUUAGAAAAUAAAGAUCAAACCCCAUUACCCGAUAUGUUACCAUCAGAUUCAUCUGAAUCAGCUUGGAUAUCAUCUAUAAUUGCUAUUGGAGCUUUAAUUGCUCCAUUUGGCGCUGGUAUUCUAACUGAUAAAAUUGGAAGAAAAUGGACUUUACUUUCCAGUAUUAUAUUUUUCAUAGCAGCUUAUAUCAUGUUAAUGGUAAAUGGAUCACCCGAAAUUUUAAUUGGAGCAAGAUUUGUUCAGGGCUUAGGUGUAGGUGUUGUAAUGACAGCUCAACCAAUGUAUGUAGGAGAGAUUUCAACAGAUGAUUGUAGAGGCGCAUUAGGUUCAUUUAUGCAACUUUUUAUUGUUUCUGGAAUUUUAUAUGUUUAUGCUAUUGGUCCAUAUGUUUCAUAUAUGGCUUUACAAUGGGCUUGUAUUGUAGUACCAGUUAUUUUUGCUGGUGCAUUUUUCUUUAUGCCAGAAAGUCCUUACUAUUACAUUCAAAAGGGAAAGAAAAGAGAAGCAAUUAAUGCUUUAAAAUUCCUUCGUGGACAAUCAGAUGAAGGUGUUGCUACAGAAAUGGCUGAAAUUCAAACAAGUGUAGAAGAAUCAAUGAAAACAAAAGGUUCUGUUAUAGAUUUAUUUAAAAAUGUUGGAAAUAGAAAAGCUUUAAUAAUAAGUGCUGGUUUAAUUGCAUUCCAACAACUUUCUGGUAUUAAUGUUGUAUUAUUUAAUGCACAAACAAUUUUCCAAGAUGCUAAUACUGGUCUUGAACCAGCUGUUGCAACUAUUUUAAUUGGUGUUGUACAAGUUGUUUCUAGUGGUAUAACACCAUUAAUUGCUGAUCGAUUGGGUAGAAAACCAAUUCUUUUAGUAUCUGGUAUUGUUAUGUCAAUUGGAUUGGUAACAUUAGGUGCAUUUUUCUAUAUUAAAUCAACUGGAGAUGAUGUUUCAACAAUUGGUUGGUUACCAGUAACAGCAUUAAUUGUUUAUAAUAUCGUUUAUUGUACUGGAUUUGGUCCAUUACCAUGGGCUGUAUUAGGUGAAAUGUUUCCUGGUAAUGUUAAAGGAAUUGCUUCAUCAUUAGUUGCUUCAACAUGUUGGAUAUUAGGAUUUUUAGUAACAUUUACUUAUCCAUCAUUGAAAGUUUUAGGACCGCAUGUUGCUUUCUUCUUAUAUGGUGGAUUUUGUGUAGCAGCAUUCUUAUUUGUUCUAUUUAUAGUUAUGGAAACUAAAGGAUUAAGUUUACAACAAAUUCAAGAUAAACUUAAUGGAAAAUAAAAUUUUAAGAAUGUUUAUGUGUUAAAUUGAGUAAAAUAAAAAUUAUAAUUAUAAUUUACAUAAGAAUUUUAUGUAAAAUUUAAUGUUAUUUAAUUUCUUAAUAUCUAAGAUUUAAUUUAAAUUAUAUAAUUUAUCAUUAUCGUUAAGAUAAUUUUAUUUUUUAAUUUACAUUAUUCAUUAAAUUAUCAGUUUCCUAUAUAAUAAUUAUAAUUGCAAUAAAAGAAUUUUUAAACUCA